AUAUGUUCACUACAACAUGGCUGCCAUCGUAGAAUGUGGAGCUGAUUCAAAUACUGCAGAAAACCACAUGUCCCUAAAGAAAGCUCUGUCGGUUGCUUCUCCCCUUUCUCUGCGAAUCAUUGCUGAAUGCUCAGUGACGAAAGCAAGAGCUUGUGAUCUAAUACUGCCACACUCCGCCGUCAGCACCCCGGUUUUCAUGCCAGUCGGUACUCAGGGAACCCUGAAGGGAAUCACUGUCGAUCAGCUGGAGGGUCUUGGAUGUCAGAUUUGUCUGGGGAACACAUACCACCUGGGCAUGAGACCGGGACCUGAUUUGAUCGAGAAAGCCAAUGGUUUACAUGGGUUCAUGAACUGGAAAAGAAAUCUUUUAACUGACAGUGGAGGUUUUCAGAUGGUGUCUCUUGUUGAACUCUCAGAGGUCACUGAGGAAGGGGUCAAGUUCAAGUCCCCCUAUGAUGGAAAAGAGAUCCUUUUAAGUCCUGAGAAAUCCAUCAGCAUACAGAACAGUCUGGGGUCAGACAUCAUGAUGCAGCUGGAUGAUGUUGUCAGCAGUACUGUGACAGGACCACGGGUGGAGGAGGCCAUGCACAGAUCUAUUCGCUGGCUGGACCGUUGCGUAGCAGCUAAUAAAAAUCCACACAAGCAGAACCUUUUUGCCAUCAUACAGGGAGGGCUGAAUGCAGACCUGCGCAAGGCUUGUCUAGAUGAAAUGACUCGGCGUGAUGUCCCUGGUUUUGCCAUCGGAGGCCUGAGUGGAGGAGAGGAGAAGGAUGACUUCUGGCGGAUGGUCACGCUGAGCACCGACCACCUGCCAAGAGAAAAGCCUCGAUACCUCAUGGGUGUGGGAUAUGCUGUGGAUUUGGUGGUUUGUGUCGCCCUGGGAUGUGACAUGUUUGACUGCGUGUUCCCCACCCGCACUGCAAGGUUUGGCUCUGCCUUAGUGCCUUGGGGCUCUCUCCAGGUAAAACAUAAGCAGUAUGCCAAGGACUUUCAGCCCAUAGACCCAGACUGCCAGUGUCCCACCUGCAAGAGACACAGUCGAGCUUACCUGCAUGCUCUGUUUAAGAGUGACACUGCAGCCAUGCACCACAUCACCAUCCAUAACAUUGCUUACCAGCUCAACCUGAUGCGCUCCGUGAGGCAGAGCAUCGUGGAAGGCCGCUUCCCUGAGUUCAUACGGACGUUCAUGAAGCGAAUGUUUCCGUCUCGUGACCAGUACCCCAGCUGGGCUGUGGACGCUCUGGCCUCCGUCAAUGUUACCCUGGAAUAGAACUCAGAGGGAAACUAUUUCACUUUGAAUAGAGAUAAAUGUCAAACAGUAACUGAAAGAUUUUUAUAUCUUUUAAAUGACCUUUUUUAUGGAUGAUUGUUUUCUACUCUUUGUUGAUGUUUGUAUUUGCGCCGCCCGUUUUGUCGGCGGUGAGGAGAAUGGCUUUGGAUCGGAAGGGAUGAAGCCUGAUUGUCCUUUACGGCAACCUUCUUUACUCAGCCUCUGCAGAUUGUCGUCACAGUACACAUUAUGAUAAUGUGAGACUGAAUGGGGUUAAAAUGAGGUUUGAAACACAUGAACCAUCUCCUCCGAUAUGCUCAGACACUUUUUGUUGUUACCAUGGUUACCCAGCUAGGCCCACCCACUUGAAAUGAAAUGUUUUGCCUUCCUGUCAACAUCUUUGUAGUGUUUUUUUUUUUUUUUCUUUGUGACUGAGCGUGUUACAGAAGUAUUUCAUUUUGUCUAAAUGCACAAGAUUAAUAAAUGCAUCUGUGUUCUGGGUUUUAAUCUAGAUCCUAACUGACCAGUAGUUGUCACGUAACUGUUUGAUCAGAUAAAUGGACCUGGCUGGCUACA